UUUUGAACUUUGAAACAAGUCAUCGCAGUUCGUUCGUUCGUUCGUUCUGGCGUUCGGCAUCUGACUAUCUGAGUUCUCGGUUCUGAGAUAGCUCCGUUGAAAAUUGAAACCGAAAUAAAUAAAGAAGUUGAAUAAAAUCAGUUAUAACGUCGCGGUCAUAACUUGUGGAGCUCAAAACGUAAAUACCGAAGAGAACCAAACAAAACAAGUCACCUUGGUUUCUCAAACAUCAUUUCAGUCUCAAUUCCAAAACAUAAACAAUCUGCAGUUCCAACUUCCAUCCAUAUAUUUGGAUCUGAGAAGAAAUGCGUAGCCGGGGAUCACAAAACCGGCUAUCUGGUUACUCUUCCUUUGGAUCUCGAGUCUCUGCUCUCAUGCUCGCAAUGCUUGCUACCAUGUCUACUAUUUACGUCGCUGGCAGGCUGUGGCAGGACGCGGAAAAUAGGGCGUAUUUGAUGGAACAACUUAAAAAAAGAACCACUCAGGGUCAAUCCGCCGUAUCUGUUGAUGAUACACUCAAAAUUAUAGAAUGCAGGGAACAGCGUAAGAAGUUGUCGUCUCUUGAGAUGCAACUAUCUGCAGCUAAACAAGAAAGUUUUGUUACAAAGAAAUUACCAGGAAAUGGUCGGAAGCAGCCUACUAAGAAGGUACUUGCAGUUAUCGGGAUAAUGACAACCUUUGGCCGAAAAAAGAACCGAAAUGCAAUCCGGAAGGCUUGGAUGCCAACAGAUACUGCUAUGAAAACACUUGCUGAUCAAAAAGGCAUCACUGUGCGCUUUGUAAUAGGAAAAAGCGCAAAUCGUGGAGACAGCUUGGACAAAGAAAUUGAAACAGAAAGCAGCCAGACCGAUGAUUUCAUCAUUCUGGAUAAUCAAGUGGAGGCACCUGAAGAGAAAGCAAAAAAGAUAAAAUCAUUCUUUAUUUAUGCUGUGGACAAAUGGGAUGCAGAGUUUUAUCUUAAGGCCAAUGACGAUGUAUAUGUUAAUGUUGAUGCCCUGGGAGGAGUUCUAACUUCUUAUUUGGAUAAACCCCGUGUUUAUAUUGGUUGUAUGAAAUCAGGCGAAGUUUUCUCUGAUCCGACACAUCAAUGGCAUGAACCAGAUUGGUGGAAAUUUGGCGAUGGGAGAUCAUACUUUCGGCAUGCUUCCAGCGAUGUCUAUGUAAUUUCGAAAGCAUUGGCUCAGUUUAUUUCAAUAAACAGACAUAUUCUUCGGACAUAUGCACAUGAUGAUGUGAGCACCGGAUCAUGGUUUAUUGGGCUUGAUGUGAUGCACGUUGAUGAAAGAUCAUUUUGCUGCUCCUCUUCAUCUACAGGGGCACUAUGUGCAGCAGUAUGACGAUGCUGCCACUGACAAUAUGCGAGGAUGUAUCAAUAUCGAUAUCAUGUAUAGCAAACGGUAACCUGUUUUUUCCACAAUCGUCGUUAAUUCUUCAGGUGUUUUUUCACCGAUUCUUUUUAGCCAGAAGUUGAUUCUGCCACUUCAUGGCGUGUAAAUAUGAAGAGCUCUCGCUGAUCCUUCUUAAACUAUACAAUGUUACACCAUGAGAUAAUGAAAGAAUCAUUCAUUAACGUAAAUAUAGAAAACAUUUUAUAUUAUUAGAGUUGAGAUGUCCGUGUGAACACGCUCUUGUUUGUAUAUUGGCCACCUUGGAAAUAUUAUAUUUACACCCU